AUGUCUUCCGAUCAGCUCGAAUCCGCACUCAAGAGAAUAUCAGAAGAACUGAGGAGUCACAUUAUCGAGACGAUUCUAGCGACUCGAUACGACCUUGAUGAUCCACCUACGAAUGAAAUUUUAGGCGAGAAUAGCAAAUAUAGGGCGCAUGCUCAAAGGGAUAUGGCCGAGGACAUAGAGCAAACCCCGGAAAUCCAGCAAUUACUUAAGGAUACAAUGAUCGAUGUCAAAACAUCAUUGGCUGGUCUGUCUGAAAAGCAAGCUCGGCAUAUGUCUUUAGAUGAUGCAGUCAGAUUCUACUGUAAUAAGCGCCCAGACGGAGAUUUAGAUCUGAGAAUGGAUUGUCUCUCCGAUGAUACGGGUGAUAACACUACUAAUCUCAACAAGGGGAUAUACAAUACUCAUACUGCGACUGUAUCUAAGCCAAACAUUCAAACCGAUUUCGUGGAAGAGGCUCUCCGAAAAGCCGAAAAGGAAGCUAUUCAUCCCAUUUCUCAAAGCCUGAGCCACACAGCUGUAGAGAAUCUGAUGCUGACCACACAAAGGGUAGAUUCCCAAUGGGAUGCGGAAAAUGGGAUCUCCACAGUGACAGUCGGUUCGCAAGAAGGCCACCGAAAGGACAGAGACCUCAGAUCAUGGAGGGAGACAAAUUGGGAAGAUCUCGCUAAUAGGAUCUCACCGGGACUUCAUAAUUGGGUCUUAGAAUCGCUUAGCCAAGCUUACGAUCAGAGGGUGGAAAAAGACAGACUGUGGCAAGGAACCUUCGGGGGCUUGUCCUUGCGAUCUGACUUUGGCAAGGUAACCCGUGGCAGCAGUACCGAUUUUGAUCCUGAUUUAAACCCCAUAGAUCGUUUCAGGUUCGUCUUAGAGUCCAGGGAUGGAUUCUUCAAUGGCUUGGAAGUUACAAGGACCAUCCUCUUGAAGGGAUUGUUGGAUGAUACUCCAUUGAACGAUCACUAG